CAAACCCCAGUGGUUCAUCACGGAACAAUUGAGCGGAAGACUGUUUUCCGGUCGGACGGAUUUACUGUGUGCACAGCAUCACAGAUGCAACAUUUGAAAUGGCAGUUACCCUCCACUCAGACCUGGGGGACAUUAAGAUCGAGUUGUUCUGUGAGCGGGCUCCCAAAUCGUGUGAGAACUUCCUGGCUUUGUGUGCAAGCGGGUUCUACAAUGGUUGCGCCUUUCAUCGAAAUAUAAAAGGCUUUAUGGUGCAAACUGGAGACCCAACAGGUACAGGUAAAGGAGGAACGAGCAUAUGGGGUCGCAAAUUUGAAGAUGAGUUCAGUGAGCACCUAAAGCACAAUGUCAGAGGAGUGGUGUCAAUGGCAAACAAUGGGCCCAACACCAACGGUUCCCAGUUUUUCUUCACCUAUGCCAAACAACCUCACCUGGACAUGAAGUACACCGUGUUUGGAAAGAUUAUCGAUGGCUUGGAAACGCUGGACGAGCUGGAAAAGCUGCCAGUGAAUGAGAAGACUUUCCGUCCGCUCACUGAGACCCGGAUAAAGGACGUGACCAUUCAUGCUAACCCAUUCGCCGGCUAGACGACUUUUGUCUCAGAUAUUCCGAGCCUGUUUUUGUUGCUUCAGUGAGGCAGAAGAUACAGUGCCUCGCCAGAGUUAAGAUGGAUUGCUUGUCAAGGGGAGACGAGCAACCGUAGUGGGAAAAAAAAAAAAGAUCAAAUGUGCAACAACUAUGAUGCUCCAAAGUACUUAGUACUGUUUGUACAAAAAAAGGAAACAUCGAGCUUAAUGUGUGUGUUCAUUUUAAGAUUUGUGGGGUUGAAAAAGGUUAAGCAGCUUAAUGAAAAAAGUCAUAGCUUGUGCUUUAACCGUUUUUUAUAAGCACCAUUCUUCAAACCCAACUAGACGUCACAAAAACUUGUCAAAGGUGUCUUUUUUUUUAUCUGUUCCUCUGAAAUUGUUCGCAACCAGGCCUAACCUUGCUUCAUUCCCCUGGUUCUGGUCAUAUUUUCUUUGCCAAUAUUUUGUACUAAAUAAAAAUCUCAAUAUA